AUGUCAGUAUAUUUAAUUGCUAUUAAUUAGUGUAUGUUGGAGGCAUUAGGAAGCUAUAUGUUGAAUGAUUGCAGAGACAACCAUUUCAUUUCCUCUCUGGAGUAAAUUAGUGAGUGACAGGAACAGAAACAGAAAGGGAGUGUGUGCCGGUGUCAGUAGCGAUAAACUAUCUCCUUUUCUUCUGCUUUUAUGGGAGGGACACACUGAGCGUUGUCAUUUUUUACUUCUGAAUUAUUUUUGCAUGUUAGAAAGCAGAAGCCAAGACAGUGUUCUUAUGAGACUUUUGGAGAGAUUUGGUUUCUUGGCAGAUGUGUUAUUGCCUGGUGGUUACUGAAUACUUUUUGUGGAAAUGGCAAACAGAUUAUUAAUAUUGAACAUUUGCCAUGUUUAAGGAGGAGAAGUGCUGAAACUGCAUCUCCCAUAAUGCACAUAGGUUUUCUUAUAGCCUGGAUCAGCUGACCUGGAUUGUGACACCGUCUUUAUUUCCUGUCCAGCAUGAAUGGAAAUGACUUGUAUAUACCAGUAUCUUUUUUUUCCUUAGUCAGGUGAUUUAAUGACUUUUGACCAAAAUCUGAUUCAGAGCAAUGGCCAAAAAGUGAGCUGACUUACUGGCUCGAAUGGUGGAAAACUACUUCUUUCUGGGGGAAGCAAUGUCACGAAGUAAUAUACUGCAGUCUGCUCUGUUAUCUUCAUAUUGAAGCAGAACUUAAAAGAGAUCUUUAAAAGAAAACUAGAGCUUUUCCAGGCAGAAGCUGACAACUUCCGAAGAAAAGACAAAAUGUCAUCUGAAUCGAAAAAGCUUUUUAACAUAAUUAUUUUAGGAGUGGCUUUUAUGUUUAUGUUCACUGCCUUCCAAACAUGUGGAAAUGUUGCGCAAACAGUUAUCACAAAUUUAAACAGCACAGAUUUUCAUGGCAGUGGCUAUACCAGCAUGGCCAUUAUUUAUGGAGUGUUUUCUGCAUCAAAUCUCAUUUCACCUUCAGUGGUUGCUAUAGUAGGACCGCAAAUCUCCAUGUUUGUUAGUGGUAUAUUUUAUAGUGCAUAUAUUGCGGUUUUUAUCCAGCCUUUCACGUGGGCCUUCUACACUGCUUCUGUUUUCAUUGGGAUAGCAGCUGCUGUACUUUGGACUGCACAGGGAAAUUGCCUGACAAUAAAUUCAGAUGAAAACACCAUUGGGAGAAAUAGUGGAGUAUUCUGGGCACUUCUACAGUUCAGCUUGUUUUUUGGAAAUCUCUAUAUAUACUUGGCUUGGCAAGGGAAAACCCAUAUAUCAGAGGGUGACCGCAGAACCGUCUUCAUCGCUCUAACUGUUAUCAGUCUCGUGGGCACGGUUCUGUUUUUUCUGAUUAGGAAACCCGAGGAGUCAAAUACUCAGGAGGGGGAAGAUUCCACUAAUGAAAACCUUGGGGAUGCCUCGUCUUCCCAAAGCAAAAUGACGAGAGCAGUGGAUGCAUUUAAGAGAUCUAUGAAGCUUUGCCUCACCAAAGAGAUUCUGCUUCUUAGUAUUACAACAGCCUAUACAGGUCUGGAAUUAACAUUCUUCUCUGGAGUGUAUGGGACCUGUAUCGGUGCUGUGAAUAAAUUUGGCAGUGAUGAGAAAAGCCUCAUUGGACUCUCUGGUAUUUUUAUUGGCAUAGGAGAAAUUUUAGGUGGCGGAUUCUUUGGGUUAGUGAACAAGAACAAUCGUUUUGGCAGGAACCCAGUUGUGAUACUGGGCAUUGUGGUCCAUUUUGUAGCCUUUUAUUUAAUCUUUUUCAACAUGCCAAAUAAUGCCCCCCUCGCUUCCAUUGAGGGGACAAAUGACCAAGCUUAUAUGGAUCCAAGCAAAGAGUUGGCCAUUUUUUGCAGUUUCCUUUUGGGGCUAGGAGACAGCUGUUUUAACACCCAACUGCUCAGUAUUUUGGGGUUCCUUUAUUCAGAAGACAGUGCUCCAGCCUUUGCCAUCUUUAAGUUUGUCCAGUCCAUCUGUGCUGCAGUUGCCUAUUUCUAUAGCAAUUACCUGCUUCUUCAGUGGCAGCUUCUGAUCAUGGUGGUUGUCGGGUUCUUUGGAACAAUAUCUUUCUUUACAGUGGAGUGGGAAGCACCAGCAUUUGUUGCCCGUGGCUCUGAUUACAGCAGCAUUUGAUCCAGGUGUUCCAUCAGUCUGAUGUGAGCAGAUAACUGCACACCUUUUUUUUUUAAAUGACUUGAGAAGGUAAAAAGAUCAAACCACAGAGGCCAGGAUGAAGGAAGACUGUUAAACCUCUGUCACUGUAACCAGUGGGAACAGCCACAGUGAAACAUGGAAAAACAAAAUGCCAAAAAUUAAAAGGCUCUUUUUCUUGUUUUAAUCAACCAAUGUCAAUGUGCAGGUUCACAGAAAUCAGGUAUUAGAAAAUGGAAGGAAAAAUGGGGAUCUGUGCAUUGAAAACAUUUAUUCUGAUGCAUCCCUUUCUUGAGUGCCUAUUUCUCUGUCACUCUUUAUGGAUGUGCACUACAAAGAUUCUAGUUUCAUUCCUCACCUUUUAAAUUAUUUUAUUUUUACAUAGAUCAAAGUUCUACAAACGCUUUUAUUAUAAAAAUUCCUCCUGUAUGUGAGUGAUAUGUUGUUUAAUACAUUAUGUUGUGGCACAUGUCUACAUAUAUGAGAAACUAGCCCAUGCCAAGGACUUCUGUGGCAAUACGAUCUUUAGAAGUAUUCUAGAGGGAAAUUUUUUCUUUCUGAUUCUGUGCCUCUCAGUUCCUUGGUUCUUAACUAUUUAAGUUUGUUGAUAUGCUAUUUUAUAUCUUAUAAUUUUAUGGGGGCUCAAUUAAAAAAAAUAAGGAGAGGUUGCAUGUUAUGGGAUGAUGUAAAAGAUUUUACAAUAAUCUGAACAAUAUUUUUCUACAAGACAUGGUCUGCAAAGAAGCACUUGAAACUCUCAGUCAUAUUCAUAGGUACUGAGAGCUUAGCAUCACUCAGGAUGAAGUUGUAGAUUAGCUUGCCUUCCAUAACUUCCUCAAGAUAACAGUAUAUAAAGAACCAUAAAGCCAUGGCUAUCAUCCCACAAACAUUUAUGCACCUCAGUUUUCCUUUUGAAUUCAUUGGGAUUACUCACAUGCUUAAUUAUUCAGGUGUGUAAGUGCAAUAUUGGGGCCUAUGUUAGUUUUACUGUUAGCAAAGACAUUUUGUGAUUUUUUUUUUCCCUCUCCCCCAUACACCUUUUUACAGCAUACUUGGAAUCAGUCAAAAUACUGUAAAAUGGCCCCUUGUUACUGCAUGCGCAGCAUCUGCUCAUAUGUAUGAGGAAAUAAUAUCUGAAAAACUGACUGAUAUAAACCAGUUUUAUUAUUCCAUAUAGCUGGGGAUGAUUCUUUAAAAACAAAGCUAGCAGCAGAGUUUGAGAUAAUGUAGGCACCAGAUGCAACACAUCUUUUUUUUUCCCCCUUUUUAUUUACCUAGCUGACUUUGUAGUACUUGUAGUUAGACUUUUUGACUGCUAAGUGAAUUUGAGGCAAUUUGAAACCCAAGAGAGCCUUUUAUAGUAUCUCUCUUGGUUUUAACCAUCUCCUACUUUCUAGCAAUGUAUCGUUUAAACUACAAGCCUUUUUGAGGCCACUUGGCAUGUUGACUUCUUUUUUAAAAGAAAGGCAAGAAAGUUGAUUUUUAAACCAUGUUUCAGUCGUCCCCUUCCCCCCCGCCCAACCCUCCUCUGGUCCCCCAUCUCUCUGCAGUGUAAAAAAUUACUUAGGUGUGUUUGGAAGUUGAACUUCUGUGGAAAUAAGGGAAUCCUGUGCUUUUCUGCAUCUCUGUCAAAGUGGCGAGUCUCUCAGUCAUGAGUCAAAAUCCUCACAUAGCACAAUCAUGUCUGUGCAGUUAAAUGGCACAACAACACUGAGUUUCUUUGAGUUCACCCUGAUUUUCUGCUGUGAGGUCAGAAAAUAUUAAUAGGAGGAUUAAUGAACCUCUGAGUGUUUGUCAGGGAAGGAGAUGAGUUAGGAGAUACAAGAAGCCUAUUAUAGGUCAAUUUUAGAAAACAUAAAAGGGAACGAGAUGGAGGAGAAUAUAAAAUAGGAGAGGGGUCUAACAUAAUCAUUCUGAUUGUUCAAUUGGACUGAAAGGGAAUAUUCAGGACAUGGAAUCACAUUGACUCAAUAUAUAUUAUUGAUGGAGCUAGCUGUAUAUUAGUUCCUCAGAUCUACUCCUUUUAUUCAGUAAUUUCAAAUACAAUAUUUUUACACAGAUACAUCAUAAAGGAGAGGCAUUAGGAAAUCUUCAGUGAUUUGUUAUUUUCUUAUUUAUAUUUUCUUCAAAAUACCAGAAGGGAUAAAGAGCUUUAUUUUAAGAUACAGAUACAUUUACCUUUUGCCCCUUUUAAUAUUCUUGGGGAUCUGUUCACCCCAACACAUCAGCAACAGAAAAAAGACUUUAAUUACCUAAAGCCCAUUAGGAGCAACUCUGUAUGGCAAUAUGUGGAUGAACAAAUUGAUUCUUAGGUAAUAUGAUGAUGAGUGAUUUACAGAUGUAUUUAAAAAUCAUGCAAUUUCAUUUUUCCAAGGUAAUGAUUCUCAUGAGAUUUGCUUUUUAAAAUGGGUGCUUUUA